UCUCUGUCCACAACCCUCAUACCCAUCCAUCCGUCACCUGUCAUGUCCCUCCCCCCAACUGCGGGCGCCAAGCGGCCCGCCGAGAUGGACGCUGAAACUGCGCGCCGCAUGAUCGUGAACCCAGCCAUGGCUGCCGCGGCCCGCAUGGCUGGACAGGAGCGCAAGGCGCGCGCUCCCCUCCCGCCAGCACACGUGCUCGAAGCUCUCGUCCCCGACAGCCCGGCGUUCUCUGAACUCGUGCGCAUGGAGGCCAAGCUUGACUGGACGCUGCUGCGAAAGAAGGCGGAGAUCAACGAUGCGUUGGGACGCAGCACGCGGAUAAAGCGGACGCUGCGUGUGUUCGUGAGCAACACGGCGCAUGACCAGGCGUGGCAGAAGGAAGGCGAGGAGAAGGGCGAGGUGGACGUUGACACGGGGAAGGGCGUUGCGGGAUGGGUGCUUCGGAUAGAGGGGCGGAUGCUCGACACGGGUAACAACCGCCUUGACAAGCAGAAGCGCAAGUUCUCAACAUUCCUUCGUUCUUUGGUUGUUGAGUUUGACAACCGCGAAGCACCAACGUUCUCCGAGGGCAACAUUGUCGAGUGGCACCCCCGCGCAGACCAGGCGCCUCUGGACGCGUUUGAAGUUCUCCGCCGCGGCGACACUAAUGUGAAGUGCCGAAUCGUGUUGCACGUUGCCCACUCUCCCGAGCGAUACAAGGUGCUCGCGCCGCUCUCCGAGCUCAUCUCGGUCCGCGAGGGAUCACGAGCGGAAAUUAUGGCCGCAGUAUGGCAGUUUGUCAAGGCCGCCGGCGCGCAGGACAAGGAGGACUCAACGAUUGUGCGCCCCGUGGGCGGCCUCGAGAAGGUGUUCCCGCACGGCAGCGAAGGUGUCCAAUUUCACUCCAUUCCCGAGAUCGUGGGCCGCUGCCUCGCGCAUCCCGACCCCGUGAUUAUCCCGUUCGAGAUCAAGGUCGACAAGGAGAGCAACGUGUCCCCACAGUGCUACGACAUCCCCAUCGAGAUCGAGGACCCGCUCAAGAGCCGCAUGGCUCAGAUCGUGCAGCAGUUCGAGGGGCAAAUGGGGAGCGAGAUUGUCGCGCUCGAGGGCAAGGUGGGCGAGCUCGCGUACUUUGCCCGCGAUCUCAAACAGAAGCGUGACUUCCUGGAAUCGUUCUCUGCCUCACCACACGCGUUUAUUCACAACUGGCUCGCUGCGCAGGCACGUGACCUCGACCAGAUGCUCGGGUACCAGAUUGGUGCGCCGGGUGCGAAUGGCGCGAGCGUGCGCGAGGAGGACUUGCGUCGCAGCGACAUGUUCACGCUGCCAUGGGUCGACGAGGCCAUUACAGUGUACGAGCAGCAGCGGCGAGUGUAGCCUUGAGGGAGGCCGGUGCAGAGUUAGGAGAGAGAAGCCCCACUAUGCAGGGCCAGAUCUAUGUAUUGUGUCUACUAGCUAUCGGGCAA